AUGACAGCAUCAGAAUCCCCCGCCAUGCAACUCCCUCACCUUCGCCGCACCAAUGGCAACACCCAGCUCUACCUGAAGGGCAAGCCCUUCCUCAUGCUCUCCGCCGAGCUUCACAAUUCCUCCCUCUCCUCCGCCCGCUUCAUGUCCGAGGUCUGGCCCGCCAUGAAGUCAAACCACAUCAACACCCUCCUCGGCGCCGUGACAUGGGAGGACAUUGAACCCACCGAGGGCAACUUCAACUUCUCCGAGCUCGACGCUGUGCUCGCCGGUGCGCGGGAACACGAUAUGCACCUCGUACUCCUGUGGUUCGGCACCUACAAGAACGGCAUCUCGACGUACGCGCCGCACUGGGUAAAACGAGACACUAAGCGCUUCCCUCGCGUGCAGGUCCUUGAGAAGGGAGGCGUCAAGAGGACCAUUGAGAUGGUCACGCCGCUCAGCGAGGAGGGUUGCGCGGCGGACUCGAGGGCCUUUGCUGCGCUGUGCAAGCACCUCGCCCAAGUCGACGCCGAGCACAACACGGUUCUCAUGAUCCAGGUCGAGAACGAGACGGGUCUUCUGGGCGACUCCCGCGACCGCUCCCGCCGCGCCGACAAGGCCUUUGCCGCGCCCGUACCCGAGGCGCUCCUCCGUCACCUCAACGAGAAAUCAGCCGACCUACACCCCAAAUUCAAGGCCCGCUUCGCCGACCCGCCUGCCUCGGGCUCGCACUCGUGGACAUCCGUCUUCGGCCCCGGACCUUCAGCAGACGAAGCCUUCAUGGCCUACCACAUCUCCUCCUACGUCGGCCGCGUCGCCGCCGCCGGAAAGAAAGAAUACGAUAUCCCCUUCUACACAAACACCUGGCUCAACUUCGAUGACCCCGCAGACCUCGACCUCCGCGGCGUCCCCAUCGUGGUCGGCGGCGGCGCAGCACCAGGCAUAUACCCCUCCGGCGGACCCUGCCCGCAUGUCCUCGACAUCUGGCGCCACAACACAAUCUUCACCGCCGAAAAGUCCCUCGACUUCCUCGCGCCGGACCUCUACUUCCAUACCUACGAGGCCGUGUGCAAAGACUACACGGCCCAGGGCAACCCGCUCUUCAUCCCCGAGCAGCGCCGCGACGAAAACGGUGCCCGGCGGGUGUGGUUGUCCUACGGCACCUACGGCGCCCUCGGCGCGAGCCCCUUUGGCAUCGAUACCGGCCCGGAGAUCGUCGGGCGCGAGUUCAAGCUGCUCGCGCAGGUGGCGCCGUAUCUGCUCGCCGCGAAGCCCGAGGAUAGGUUCGGCUUCUUCUUUGACGAGGAGAUCAACACGGCGGGCAAGGGCGAGAGGUGGACCAAAGUGAUUGGCGACGUUGAGGUCAUCGUCGAGCGCGCUUUCGUGUUUGGCAAGCCUGGACCCGGCGGCGGUAUGAUUAUUCACCUCGGCGACGCCAAGUUCCUGGCCGUGGGCCGCGGCUUCAACGUCCACUUCAAGAGCGUGCGCCCGGAAGCAACGUUUACUGGAAUUCUUGCGGCUGCUGAGAAAGAGGUUGAUGAGAAGGGUGAGCUACGGACGCUGCGGGUGUUCAAUGGUGAUGAGACGCGCAGCGGAGAGUUUUUGAUUAUGCCUAAUGACGAUCCGGACUAUGGUGGAUUCCCCAUUGCUGUUACGGUCCCGGCGCGGACGUGCAUCGUUGAGGUUGAAGCGUAUUGGGUUGCAGAGGAUGAGGAGGACCGAUGA